CGGAAGAAGACACAACAGUCACCCUGCAACAUGAAUGCACGACAUUGAGUAAACCGCACAACAGCAGAAGACAAGUGGGGAAAAAGAAAGAUCUAGGAGAUGUCUGCAUGCUGUGUGAGGUGGAUGCUGAGCCAUACAGUGAGAGCCGUGUGUGGUGGCAGCCGAGGCUACUGGACAGCAGCAUCCAGAUGUGCCGCACCCGGCGAGAGAUCAAACGUCAUCGCCUCCUCCUGGAGGUGGUCUCCAUUCUGCACAGCUGUAGACGAUACAGAACAGACUCUCGCACCAAAGAAGAAAAACAAGCACGAUCCCAAAGCUCAUGCCACAAUCGGCGCUGUUGGCCGUAAGAUCCCACACCGGGAGAUACAGGUGAUAAGUCAGACAGGCGAGAACCUGGGCACCAUGCACCGGGCAGAUGUGAUCAGAAUCCUGGACGAGCAGGGCCUCAAGUUGGUGCUGCUCAGUGAGAGCAAAGACCCCCCCGUCUACCGGCUGAUGAGCGGCAAGCAGAUCCACGAAGAGCAGCUGAAACUGAGGGAGAAGCAGAAAGCAAAAGCAGCCCCCGUGCUGGUGAAAGAGCUCACCUUCUCCUCCGGCAUCGCAGCUCACGACCUGUCCACCAAGAUGAAACGAGUGGAGAGUUGGCUGGAGAAGAAGAACCACGUUAAGAUUACUCUGCGAUCAGGACGCAGGGCACCUGCAGUCGAGCUGGACACAACUCUGGAGCAGAUGGUGCAACAAAUGGAGGUGGCGGUCGGAUUCGUUUCCAAGCCGAGCGUCAUACGUGACGGUCAAGCGGCCAUGUGCAUCCUCCGGCCGCUCUCAGCAAAGGAGCUGUUAAAACAACAGAAGGAUCAGGAUGCAGCUUCGCAGUCUGACAACUCGACUUCAAGUACCGCUGAGAGCGAAACGCCCGGCCCGCCUGUUGGCAGCGCAGAGACGACAGAAGGGUCUCUGCAGCAGUGAUCUGACGGAAAUAAAGACAUUCUCAUAUACGCUCAUUGAAGUGUGCGCCUAAAUGUCAAAGUUUGGUGGAAAUUCCUUCUUUGGGCUCCAUUAGCUGUGCAUAGUGUCAGGAUCUAAUAACGCUCGCUGUAUAAUGAUGACACAUCCUGCCAGAGGGAAUAACCACCAUAACUUCAGAGUGAAGUUUUUAAUGUAUAGUGACCCAUGUAUAUAUACUGCAUUCACUUCUAAUGCAUUUGCACCAACUGGCCAGCUAGUUGUCUAGUUGGCUUUUAGUCUCUCAUGACCACAGGCUAUAGUGACCGCAAUACACUUUAUUUGUUAAGUGCAGGUCGCCAUUCGCAAGAUUUAAAACGUACUACUGGGGGCGGGGUGAUGAUCUCCACUAAAAGUGGAAGCAGUGGGUUUCACUCAUCAUUCCGCUUUUUUCCUUUUAGAAGGGGCAGUGUGUCGGGUUUGGCGCCAUCUAGCAGUGAGGUUGCAGAAUGCAACCAGGGGAGUCUGGAGGACGAGAGGCCGACAUGAAACCCGUAAAAGCCCCCCCUAGAGCCACGGUUUGUCCUUUCUGGGCUACUGUAGAAACAUUCAUUCUUGGGUAGCAUCCCCCUAAAUGCUACACUGGCCCUUUAACUCGUCCUGUGUUAAUGUGACAUGACUGGACCAGGUGUUUGUGAUUUGAUGGGUCUUGAGUCUUCACAUUGAGAACAGACUUUUGUACCCAAAAUGUGAUGAAUACAUGUUUCGCAUAUAAGAAUAAUACACAUUUAUUUUAGGUUGACAGCUCAGGAGAACAGGAUUUCAUAGAUUGUAUUGACUUGUGACCAUUUCAGACGAGCCAGAUGAUGAUGAUAUUUUAUUACAAUAGUAUGUCAAAAGUGAGUAAAAAAGGUUUUAUAUUUGGGACGAAGACACAAACGCAUUUCUUUUUCUGCUUUAUUUGAGAUUCAUCGUUAUGUUUUUGGUAUAAAAAAAAAAAGAGAAGUUAAAUAAAAGCAAAUUUUGGCA